AUGUUUCGCUCAACUUUUAUCUGGAGGAUUAUUUUGUUUCUUACACUGAGUGUGCUCUUUGCAGCGGAGACAUACAAGGAGCAGUACUGCAAUCAAUAUCAUUUCUCGCCUAAGAAAAACUGGAUGAAUGACUCUAAUGGGAUGUAUAACCCCAGAGGAAUGACCUGGAGAAACAUUUCUUGGGGACACGCCACCAGCACUGAUUUAUUACAUUGGACUCAGCAACCUAUUGCUCUAGAGGUUCGCAAGGAUAAAAACGGCAAUAUUGAGGAGUAUUUCUACGCAAGAAGUGCUAUCAUAUACACCAACAACACCAGCGGCUUCAGUACACAUACAAACCCUGCGCUGGUCGCCAUCUAUACGUCGUCCUACGCUCAGAAAAUAUCACUCACAAGCAGCAAGACUUUCUAUAGUGGCCAAGAAUCACAGUCUAUCGCUUACAGCCUUAAUGACGGCAUGGCGUGGACAAUAUACGACGUGCAGAACGCAGUCAUUCAGACUUCACUAGAACAAUACAUUACUGCAGAUUCGCUCCAGAACUUUCGAGAUCUAUUUGUUUUUUGGUACGCCGCUGAGGAGCAUUGGGUUAUUAUGGUGGUGUCCUUAGCCAACGAUCACAUGCUACUUAUCUACAGUUCUAAGAAUCUCAACGACUGGAUGUAUUGGGAAUGCCCUGGGCUAUUUCAGCUUUUAGUGGAGGGCGAUACAAAUAAGGUGAAAUGGGUCACGCAGAUCAGGUCAAAUCCUGGAGGGCCUACUAUCGGCUCGGGCACUCAGUAUUUCGUGGGAUCGUUUAAUGGCACUGCAUUCACGGUGAAUGCGGAUAGUAUGUAUGAGGCCAACGGCAUACCUCCAGACCUCUGUCCAGACUACUACACUGCUGCAAAUUACAACAGUCUCCCCAAGAAUAAGCGAGUUACUGUUGCGGAUAUUCCCACAAGCCCAUGGCAGAGUUCCAUGUCAGUGAUGUACAAGUAUUCCCUCAGCACUAUUGCCUCCAAAGCCACACUCAUACAAGAACCUUAUAGCCUAGCACACUUAGAGAAGUCACUAGUCGCUUUACCUGGUUCACAAUUGAAUCUUCCAGUUAGAGGCAAAUCCAUAGACAUCACACUAAAUUUCGAGGUCAUAUCUACAGUCAAUUACACUGCUCAAGAAGAUCAUACCAUUCGACUUUGCGUCCGAUCAAACGAGGAUGGUUCGCAGGCAACAGUUAUUGUUUCGGGAUAUGUCAACUUUAGCACAGUUUUUCCGGGUAUCUAUUAUGCCGUGUUGACGCCGGAUACACAGGGGAAAGUGGUGCUCCAUAUGCUGGUUGACCGGUCGUUAGUGGAGGUACUUGGAGGCCGGGGUGAGAGCGUGAUCACAGCGCAGAUAUUUACCAGCGAUGACAAUAACUUCAUUUCUCUGUUGUAUACUGCCAACGCAUUUAAGGCUAUCACUAUCACGGUUAAAGAUGUUGCCUCGGUUUGGGAUUAG